AUGUCGGGGACAUGGACUGACAACAUGUAUAUGAUCUUCGCAGCCGUUCUCAUUCGACCGUCGCCAACACUUCAACCACUCUUCUUGCAAGUCGAGGAAGAUUUCUCACAAAUGGGAUUCUUCGAGAGGAUGAACGCGGAAGGGCCGAUGAAGUUUUCUUGUCGACAAAUUGCUCAGCGGGCUUUGACCAACAAAAGAAUGUGUAUUACAUUACAAGAGCCUUCGACUGUUAAAGGACAUGUCUAUUCACAACCUGAUGGCCUCUCCGUUGUUGCCAUCACCACCAAAUCAUACCCUGAUAGAGUCGCUACAGUUGUUUUAAGUCGAAUUAUGCAAGCCUUUCGUCAGGUAUACCAAGGCCCCAGCUUCCCAACAAUCACUCGUGACUUAACUUUUAAGUAUCCCGCCGUCACUGCUGUGUUCCAACAAUAUAUCGACCCAAAGAAAGGGGAUAAGUUAACUAAAAUCCAGACCGACUUGGACGAAACACAAGAUAUCUUGGUCAAGGCAAUGGACGAUUUGCUGGAAAGAGGAGAGAAGUUGGACAAUUUGAUUGAGCAGAGCAACGACUUGUCGACCACUUCUAAGGCGUUUAUGAGGCAGGCCGAGUCGAUGAAUAGUUGCUGUUAA